AUGGAUGGAAGCGGUGAUCCAGAGCGGCAGCUGGCCCUUGAACUCUAUAAACAGAAAUUACUAGAUUCCAGAGAAUGGGAGGCCAAGUUAAAAGCCCUUCGAAUGGACAUCAAAGGCCUCCAAAAAGAGUUUGAAACAACAGAGGAGAACAUCAAGGCAUUACAGAGCGUCGGACAAAUCAUCGGUGAAGUUCUGAAGCAGCUUGACGAGGAGCGAUUCAUUGUCAAGGCAUCCUCCGGCCCAAGAUACGUCGUCGGCUGCCGAUCCAAAGUCGACAAGUCCAAACUGAAACAAGGCACGCGAGUGGCGCUCGACAUGACCACUCUGACUAUCAUGAGAAUGCUUCCAAGAGAAGUCGACCCCUUGGUCUAUAACAUGUCUUUAGAAGAUCCUGGUCAAGUCUCCUUCGCCGGAAUUGGUGGGUUGAACGAUCAAAUCCGAGAACUGCGGGAGGUAAUCGAGCUGCCUCUCAAGAAUCCCGAGUUGUUUCUCCGAGUUGGUAUCAAGCCUCCCAAAGGCGUGUUGCUCUAUGGGCCUCCGGGAACGGGGAAGACGUUGUUGGCAAGAGCAGUGGCGAGCAGUCUAGACACAAAUUUCUUGAAAGUUGUGUCGUCUGCGAUUGUUGACAAAUACAUCGGCGAGUCGGCGAGGCUGAUCCGCGAGAUGUUCGGCUACGCGAAAGAACAUGAGCCUUGUAUCAUCUUCAUGGACGAAAUCGAUGCUAUUGGCGGGAGACGUUUCAGCGAAGGAACUUCUGCCGACCGAGAAAUUCAGAGGACGUUGAUGGAGCUUCUGAACCAGCUCGAUGGUUUCGACUACCUAGGAAAGACCAAGAUCAUCAUGGCCACCAACCGACCCGACACCCUGGAUCCUGCAUUGUUGCGAGCAGGUAGACUGGACCGAAAGAUUGAGAUUCCGCUGCCUAAUGAGGUUGGCCGUUUGGAGAUUCUGAAGAUCCAUGCUGCCGGAGUGGUGACCGAAGGCAACAUUGACUUUGAAAGUGUGGUCAAGAUGAGCGACGGUCUCAACGGCGCCGACUUGCGAAACGUCGUCACCGAAGCCGGCUUGUUCGCCAUCAAGGAUUACAGAGAUGCGGUCAACCAGGACGACUUCAACAAGGCGGUGAGGAAAGUGGCGGAGGCGAAGAAACUUGAGGGCAAGUUGGAAUACCAGAAAUUGUAA